GCAACUGGCCAUCCAUUAUUUAUGGAGCAAUUAGCAUCUAGCGCAAUCGCUGUUGAAUCAAGAGUUCAGGUGGAUGGCAAAGCUGUGACUAGUCGUGGACCGGGUACUGCCAUGGAGUUUGCUGUUGCGCUGGUUGAGCAAUUGUAUGGGAAAGAAAAAGCUGAUGAACUAUCUGAGUUCCUGGUCAUGCGUUCCAACCACAGGAAUGAAUACAUCAUAACUGAACUAAACCCAGUUGAGUGGACUCCCAAUGAUUCCCCAAAGAUUCUUGUACCUAUUGCAAAUGGCACAGAGGAAAUGGAAGCUGUUAUGAUCAUUGAUAUUCUACGACGAGCGAAAGCAAAUGUUGUGGUGGCCUCUGUAGAGGAUCAACUAGAAAUUGUUGCUUCUUGCAAAGUUAAACUGGAGGCAGAUGUGCUCCUUGACGAAGCUGCCAAACUUUCAUAUGACCUAAUUGUUUUGCCUGGUGGACUUGAUAGUGCCCCAACAUUUGCAAAAUCAGAAAAGCUCGUGAAUAUGUUAAAAAAGCAGAGGGAUUCACAGAGACCUUAUGGAGCGAUAUGUGCAUCCCCAGCUCUAGUUUUGGAACCCCAUGGCUUACUCAAGGGCAAAAAGGCCACAGCGUUCCCCCCAGUGUCCGACAAGCUGUCAGAUAGAAGUGAAAUCGAGAAAAGGGUAGUGAUUGAUGGCAACCUCAUCACCGGCAAAGGAGCAGGAACUUCCAUGGAGUUUGCUCUAGGAAUUGUUGAGAAGUUUUUCGGGCUCAAGGAAGCAAUAGAGAGUGCGAAGAUAAUGGUUUUCGUUCAUCCUUAGAGUUUUUAUUUGCGUAUAAUGUGUACGUCCCUACUUUC